AUGCAAUCGAAAUUCCCACAGGUAUUCGGAAAGCCUGUCCCCAUAAUUAAGACAUUCCAUGACGUGAAGCGGAAGGCUGCCCAACUUAUAGCCGGCGGUAAUCGAUCAGUGGACCUACAAAGAAUCCUCCUACUAAAGCAGGUGGGCGACGUGACCUCUCCGCGAAUGCUACAACGCCUGGGACAGACGACUUUAUGGCAGCGGGCUUGCUCAGAACCCGUGCCACUCUCUCCACAUCCCCGACAGGACUCACAGUGCCUAGCCGGCACGCCGGCUGCAGGCGCCUGGCACAUGGAGGCACCGUUCCAGGCUUACUAC